CUGCUGGGAAGGGUGCAAGCUGCACUCUGCAGCUCUUGUUUCUCCAAAGGGUUCUCAAGCCAAAAAGUAUAUUGCUGUUCAGGACUGAAUUUUGGAUGCUUCUACAAGUGGAUCCAGCUUAUUGGUAGAAUCAGAGACAAGAAUAAUUGCUACUACACUUCGUUGGAAGGGAUUGUUGGGGGUGCUUUUCAAAUGCGUUAAUAAUUUAAAAUAUGUUCCUCUAACAUUUCAGCUGAAGCAAAGCUGUUGUCAGCUGAAGUAUCAGCAAUUUGCUCUGUGUGGAUUCCAGUACAAUUUUCAAGGCAAACCUUUCUGGUGAUAGGGAAAAUGAGUGCAGACAGCACCCUUUUGGAUCGGAUCGUUUUCCAGCCUGUUCUGUGUGAGGUUUGGAAGCAGUAUAUGGAAGGAGCAGUUUAUCACCUUGCUAGUUUCUUCCUCCUCCUGGGCUAUAUGGGAGGAAGUGGAACCUUUGGGGCUAUCUACAUCUUUGGCUUCUUGGCCGUUGGUUUCCUGUGCUCUGCUCUCUGGGGCUGGUUGGAUGCUUGUGGACUAGACAUCUUCCUCUGGAACAUUCUCUUGGUUCUGAUCUGUUUGCUUCAGUUAGCUCACUUAGUUUACCAGCUUCGUAAAGACGCAUUUUCCGAAGAAUUUGACCAACUCUACAAGCAAGUUUGCCAGCCUCUGCAAGUGCCACCCCAGAUCUACAAAGAAAUUGUCAAGUGUUGUGAGGAACAGGUCCUGCCACUGGUCAGAGACCAGAACUAUGCUGUGGAAGGCAAGACAUCGAUUGAUCGUCUGUCAUUUUUGCUGUCUGGCAGGAUUAGAGUAAGCCAGGAUGGACAAUUUCUACAUUAUGUCUUCCCAUAUCAGUUCCUGGAUUCCCCAGAGUGGGAAUCAUUGCGGCCUUCUGAAGAGGGAACAUUUCAGGUAACACUGACAGCAGAGACUGACUGCAGCUUCAUUACUUGGCAAAGGAAGAAGCUCUACUCACUUCUGGCAAAGGAACGCUACAUUGCCCGCCUCUUUUCAGUCCUCCUUGGCUAUGACAUCUCAGAGAAGCUGUAUGCCCUGAAUGAAAAGCUCUUUGCUAAGUUUGGCUUGCGAUUUGACAUCCGUUUGCCCAGUCUCUAUCAUGUCUUAGGAUCCACCUCUUCAGAUACAGAGGUCGAGAAAGAACCAGGGGAAAAUAAAGAGCUACCAGCACCUCCAUGCAAGUCACCCACAUUUGUCCAGACAGCUCCAGUGGCCCCUUGCACUGUGGUUCCUCCUGCCCAUCCCAGGAUGCCUCGGCCUGACAGUGACCUGUCUGGUGAGGACUCUACCAGUCUUGUAUUGGAAGAUUUUGCUGAGUUGACAGGGUCUUUUAUGGACUAUGUGAGCGAAGGGGAAUAUAUGAAGUGAGGGCACCUCUAACAUGGGCACACAUCACCCUGUGUAAUUUCUGAACACCCCUUGAGAACUAAUCGCCAGGCUCUUGCAAAAGGACGAGCUCCUCUGGCUCCUACUCAGACUCCAGAACUUUAGAGUAAACAACAAUGCAAACCUGCCCACAGACCAACUCCUGAUCUGAAUGCGGCUCAUCGCUUCUGCUAGUCCCAGUGUGAAGACAAGACACCUGUGUAGUAAAUGCAUGACACUGAAAUGUGAUUGGGGACACGUCACAUGAUUUGUUGAUCUGCAGUGACACCAGUGCCUGUAUUCUUGAACACUUACCACAUGGUUCUGUUAUUGGGUGCAUUAAACAACUUGGAAAGACA